CUCUGACCGCCAUCAGACUGUGGGCAAUUGAUCGACAUGUGUUCCAGACCAUAAUGAUGAGGACUGGUGUCAUCAAACAUUCCCAGUACACAGACUUCCUGCGCAGAGUUCCGUCUCUGCUGGUGCUACCUGAAGACAUUCUCAGUAAACUGGCGGAUGUUCUGGAGGAGACUCAUUAUAGUGAUGGUGAUUUCCUUAUUCGUCAAGGAGCCACUGGAGACACAUUCUUCAUCAUCAGCGAAGGACAGGUGAGCGUCACUCAGCAGGCCUCAGCCAGUGAGGAGCAGAUGAUGGUGAAGACUCUUUCCAGAGGUGACUGGUUUGGCGAGCAGGCUUUGAAAGGUGAGGAUGUGCGCACAGCCAGUGUCACAGCUGUGGGUGAUGUCACGUGUCUGGUCAUCGACAGAGAGACUUUCAAACAGCUGAUUGGAGGACUGAAUGAUGUCAGCAACAAGCAGUGUGACAGCGAUGACCUCAAAGCAAAGCUGCAGGCGGAGGCGAGUUUUUUCUCCAAAGUGUCGCUCAGUGACCUGCGUGUGAUCUGCACUCUGGGGAUGGGAGGCUUCAGCCGAGUGGAGCUCGUGCAAUUAAAGAGUGAACCAAAUCGCUCCUUUGCCUUAAAAGUCUUAAAGAAACGUCACAUCUUGGACACCAGCCAGCAGGGUCACAUCCUGUCAGAGCGCCGCAUCAUGAUGGAGGCUCACAGCAACUUCAUUGUCAGAUUGUAUCAGACUUUCAAAGACUCCAAAUAUCUUUACAUGCUGCUUGAGGCUUGUCUCGGAGGAGAACUGUGGACGCUGCUGAGAGACAGGGGAUCCUUUGAUGACGGCACAACACGAUUCUACACAGGCUGUGUUGUUGAGGCUCUGGCUUUCCUGCACUCGAGAGGAAUCAUCUACAGAGACCUCAAACCUGAAAACAUCAUACUGGAUCAACGGGGAUACGCCAAAUUGGUGGACUUUGGAUUUGCUAAGAAGGUUGGCCUAGGUAAGAAGACGUGGACAUUUUGUGGAACGCCCGAGUAUGUGGCACCUGAGAUCAUCCUGAACAAAGGUCAUGACAGCUCAGCUGACUGUUGGUCUCUGGGGAUACUCGUCUUUGAGCUGCUCAGCGGCAGUCCUCCAUUUUCAGGAGCAGAUCCCAUGAUGACCUACAACAUCAUUCUGAGAGGCAUCGAUAUGGUUGAAUUUCCCAAGAAGAUUACCAAGAGCGCUGGUAACCUCAUCAAACGCCUCUGCAGAGACAAUCCUUCAGAGAGGCUGGGCAAUCAGAAAAAUGGAGUGAAAGACAUCCAGAAACACAAAUGGUUUGAAGGGUUCAACUGGGAGGGCCUCCAUCAGGGAUCCAUGGAGUCUCCUUUCACACCUGCAGUGGAAGGACCACUGGACAACAGCAAUUUUGACUCUUUUCCAGAAGACACUGAUGACCCUCCUCCUGAUGAAUUGUCUGGAUGGGACCUUGAGUUUUAGCAGGAUGGAGAACAGAGAUGUACUGACACAAUGAACAUGAUCCCAUUUUAGAGAGAGCUACAACAUUUUAUUAAUUCUUCUGAUUUGUUCAUGUAGAUGUCAUAGUGGUUUAUUAGAAGGUCCUGAGUUUCUUGCAUCUGAAUAAUAACUGCAAAGUAAUAUAAACACUUCCCAUGACUUUUGUGUCUCCAGCUAAGCCUCUUAAUCCUGGAUUAAUUAUUUGUUUGCCUGAUUAACAGUUCAGUAUUACAGAGACUAUACUAGGUUUUGUAUCCUGAUGUCUAUUUUUUGUUUAAGUCCUCUCUUAGUUAAUAUUUGAGAACUAAGGACAUU